AUGCGUGAUGCAUCCACGGCGAUUGAGUUAGACCCGACUUAUUCGAAGGGGCAAGUGACAUUGUUCUCUUUCUUAGUGGAUAGAUACUACCGCCUUGCGAGCGCUCACUACUACACGGGCGAUUUUGAAGCCGCUCUUAAAGACUUCAAGAAAUGCUUACAACUGAACCCCUCUAGCAAGGGAAUUCGCAGAAAAGUGGAAGAGGUUACGAAGCUGGUAAAGAAGCAGCGAUUUGAUGCGGCUAUUCAUGUCGAAGUGAGAUCCUACGCCGAGCAGGUGGACUUCAAGGAUCUGCGUUUUUCCACACCGAUCGAAGGACCGACGAUUGACUACAAGAACGAUGGUAGCAGUAUUGACGAUUACACGAUAACGGAUCGUUUCAUACUGGAUAUGCUGCAGUGGCACAAGGAAGGAAAGAAUCUGCACAUCAAGUUCGUGUACGUGAUCUUAAUGAAAACCAUCCAAUACCUCAAAACGCUUCCGAAUGUCAUCGAGGUCAAAAUGCCGAAAGGCAAAGACGAGACAUUCCGUGUGUGCGGAGAUGUCCAUGGGCAGUAUUACGACUUUAUCAACAUCUUCAACAAAUUCGGAUAUCCCUCCGAUUCCGCUCCCUAUCUCUUUAACGGUGACUUUACAGAUCGCGGAAAUUUCUCCGUCGAGGUCGCUCUGACCAUUUUCUGCUACAAACUGGUGCGACCCGACACGUUUUUCGUUCUGCGAGGAAAUCAUGAAUCCCCUAUUAACCGGAUGUUCGGAUUCGAUGGAGAAGUCCGACACAAGUACAGCGGGGAGAUCAUGCAGUUGUUCUCGGAGUGCUUCCGUGCGCUCCCAUUGGCUGCGAUUCUCGAGAAGAAGGUCAUUAUUCUGCACGGAGGCCUGUUCCGACAGGACGGUGUGACGAUCCAGGAUUUGCAAAGAAUUGACCGAUUUACGGACAGUAUGUCGGGUCUAUUAGAGGACAUAUUGUGGUCUGACCCAAUGGAUAGUAUGGGUCGGAUGCCAUCUCGAAGAGAGGCCGGAACGAUGUUCGGGCCGGAUAUUACGAAGGCGUUUUUGGAGAAAAAUCAUCUGGAGCUGCUGGUGAGAUCGCACGAGGUGAAGAUGGACGGAUAUGAGGUCCAGCAUGACAUAUCCUGAAUUGAAAGCUGAGUGGGACUUAACAGUACGGAAAGUGCAUCACCGUGUUCUCUGCGGCGAAUUACUGCGAUACGACCCAGAACUUGGGAGCCAUCAUCAAGUUCGACCACGAGUUGAAGCCACACUUCGAAACGUUUGAAGCUGUUCCCCACCCGGGUCCUCCCUCGAUGUACUUUGCGCCCAAGAUGUUUUAGUUAGUGCAGAGAAAU